ACACCAGUCUCUCCAGCCAUUAACAAUAAUUAAGAGUGUUGAUUAAUUCAACAAAUCAGACAGUAGUCGAUGACAGGUAAACGGCGUCGUUUACUACCAUGACGCCGACGUGUGCCUCUUUUCAAAUAUUUUCCUCCUUAACCGCACUUGAUCUGUUGCAGUUGCUACUCUAAACAAAAAAUAAGAAAGAAAGAACGAAAAAACUUCAUCUCUGAAGCCAUUCUUUCAGCAUUGGAUUCACCUCUCCCACUUUGGAUUAUUGGAUCGAAUUCUUGUACUUAUGAAAUUACCUCAAUACUAUUCGGGGGAAAUCGUUCUUGUAUAGGAAAUUAAUAUCUUGAUCUGCGAUUGGUUUCUAUUAAGAUCCAAAACCCAGAAAUUUGUUUUUUGGGUUUUGUUAGUUAGUUUGAUUUCCACGUAGAGAUGGGUUUUAAUAAGCGAGCAAAAAUAGACUCGCUGAUCUCACUGAGUCGACUCCGAUCGAUUCAAGUGUUCACAGGUUUGCUGUUUCUGUAUUUGAUUUUCGUUAGUUUUGAGAUUCCCAUGGUUUUGAGAGCAGGAUUAGGGUUAGAAUCCCCCGAGGCAGACUCUACUGUACCUCUUAUUUCACAUCCAAUAAUGAAAGCGGAAAAUGAUAAUCAGCUGUCAAGAUCAAAAGAUAAUGAAACAUUGGUUUUUCGGGCGCAGGGGCGGAAAAUGGGUGAGUUUAAGAAUAUUUCGGGUAUGAAUUUCGACGAAAAUGCUUUCAAUAGUGUGAGUAAAGAUGAGUUUUCUGAGCUGCACAAGGUAGCUAGGGAUGCAUUUGCUCUAGGAAAGAAAUGGAUGGAGGAUUUGAAGUCAGGAAAAAUGCAGAGAGAGCUGGAAAAUCGGACGACUCUGAAUAGAACAGAGGAGCCCUGCCCAAGUUCGGUGGUGUUGUCUGGGGACGAUUUGGCGAGGAGAGGGAAAAUAAUGGUGAUACCGUGUGGUUUGUCGCUGGGUUCCCACAUCACACUUGUUGGGACUCCACGGUGGGCCCACAUCGAUAAGGAGUCGAAGGCGGGGCCGAGGAAGGAUGCUGGAGGGAGCAAGGUGGUUUCACAGUUCCUAAUGGAGCUGCAGGGGUUGAGAGCUGUGGAUGGGGAGGCGCCACCUAGGAUACUGCAUUUCAAUCCUAGGUUAAAGGGGGAUUGGAGUGGGCGUCCCGUGAUUGAGCUAAAUACCUGUUAUAGGAUGCAGUGGGGGACUUCUCAGCGCUGUCAAGGGUGGAAGUCGAGGGCUGAUGAGGAAACUGUUGAUGGACAGGCGAAAUGCGAGAAAUGGAUUCGUGAUGAUAGUGGGUCUGAAGAAUCAAAGGCCACAUGGUGGUUAAAAAGGCUGAUUGGGAGGACAAAGAAGGUCACCGUUGAUUGGCCCUUUCCUUUUGCAGAGAACAAGUUGUUUGUACUUACCCUUAUUACUGGUUUGGAAGGGUAUCACAUCAAUGUAGACGGGAGACAUAUUUUAUCCUUCCCAUAUCGUCCCGGUUUCACUCUCGAGGAUGCUACAGGGCUGUUUCUCAAUGGGAAUAUUGACGUUCAUUCUAUAGUCGCUGCUGCUCUGCCUACUUCACACCCAAGUGCUGCCCCCAGGGAGCAUCUGGAUAUGUCUGUUAAGUGGAAAGCCCCGAGUUUGCCCACUCAACCUGUAGAUCUCUUUAUCGGCAUCCUUUCUGCUGGCAAUCAUUUUGCUGAGCGGAUGGCUGUGAGAAAAUCUUGGAUGCAGUAUGAGUUAGUCAAGUCUGCAAAUGGUGUCGCUCGCUUUUUUGUAGCAGUGCAUGGCAGAAAGGAAGUGAAUGUAGAGCUCAUGAAAGAAGCAGAUUAUUUUGGUGAUAUAGUCAUGGUGCCUUACAUGGACAAUUAUGAUCUCGUUGUACUGAAGACUAUUGCAAUUUGCGACUAUGGAGUUCACUCUGUGGCAGCCAAGUAUAUUAUGAAAUGUGAUGAUGAUACAUUCGUAAGGGUAGAUGCUGUUAUGGGGGAAGUGAACAAACAAAGUGAUAGAAGCUUCUACAUUGGAAAUAUCAACUACUAUCACAACCCUCUACGGCAUGGUAAAUGGGCCGUCACUUAUGAGGAAUGGCCGGAGGAGGUGUAUCCACCCUAUGCAAAUGGGCCUGGUUAUAUUCUGUCAUCUGACAUAGCAGAGUAUGUAGCAUCCAAUUUUAAGGACCAUAAACUAAGGUUAUUCAAGAUGGAAGAUGUUAGCAUGGGGAUGUGGGUUGAACAUUUCAACAGCUCGAAGCCGGUUGAGUACGUCCACAGCUUGAAGUUCUGUCAAUUUGGAUGUGUUGAGGGCUAUUAUACUUCGCAUUACCAAUCUCCUAGACAGAUGACCUGCUUAUGGGAAAAGUUGCAACUUCACGGAAUACCCCGAUGCUGCAACAUCCGGUGACCCCUUGUGAUGAUGAUGGACUAUUCACAACAUGGUGACCUGUACAUAACCUGAGUACCUGAGCCUUGGAGUCGUUUACGCUAUUCUUUUCUAGUUCAUUCAUUCCCUGAUCCACCUUGUUUCAGGGCCCCAUUUUUGUAAUUGUUCUCAUGUACAUUAGGAGUAUGUGAAAGUAAUAUUAACUACCCUUGUAGUUGAUAUCAGACAUUGUAACAUUAACACUAGAAUUGUGAUGGACUUACGCUGCCAGUAUGCCUUAUUCCACUUAUACACACGUUCUAUUUUUCCA